UAAGAUUCGAUCGAUCGCGUACCGGAAUUGUCAACAAUCUUUGACGCGACACACAGCUUCGUAACGUGUUUACGUCUAAGACACUGUUUCAUUUUGUUGUUUUUUUUUUUGUAUUUUGUUUUUUUGUUAUUUUGUUGUCUUCUCUCUUUCACUCCUGCGCUUCGGAUUUCCGUGUGUGUUCGGGCUUAAGUACCACUGUAUUGGUGGACGUGUUGUCUAGCCUGUUAACUUGGCUUGGAGCGACGACGACAGUUAUGCCCUACCAAUAGCAACAAAAACAUCGAGACGCGGCAGCAUCCGCUCCGAUCCGAUCGCUAGUGUUCGCCAGUUGUUGUUGUCGUUGCUUUGAUCGAUCGCCCGAUCGUAAUAUAUAUAUAUAUGUAUAAAUAUUCAUAGGCCAAUAAAAAUAAAAAAAAAGAAAAUAUAGAAAGAAUAUAGAAAAAAAAAACAUUUACAAGAGUUUUUAGUGGUGAGUGCGUCGUGUGUGCCUGUGCCCUCCCAUUUGUUUUGUUUUGUACAAAUUGGCUGCAGAUAUAUAGCUAAGAGGCUAUAUAGUAUCUGAACAUUCCAAUCGCCUGCUCUGCCCCCGCAUAUCCGCCACCAUGGAAAUUUGGCGCUCAGUGACGUUGAGUGCCUUCCUGGUCCUGGGACUGGUCUUUCUCUAUGGCACCGUCGAGUCCUGCAAUGAGGUCGUCUGCGCCUCCAUCGUCUCCAAGUGCAUGCUCACCCAGAGCUGCAAGUGCGAGCUAAAGAACUGUUCCUGCUGCAAGGAGUGCCUCAAGUGCCUGGGCAAGAACUACGAGGAAUGCUGCAGUUGUGUGGAACUCUGCCCAAAGCCCAAUGACACGCGUAAUUCGCUUUCGAAGAAGUCGCACGUGGAGGAAUUCGAUGGAGUUCCGGAACUCUUCAAUGCCGUUGCCACUUUGGACGAAAAUGACAACUACGGUUACAAUUGGGAUGUCUUCACGUUUCAAGUGGACUUUGACAAGUACUUGAAAGGUCCCAAACUGGAAAAGGAUGGCAAUUAUUUCCUAAGAACUAAUGACAAGAACCUGGAUGAGGCUAUCCAGGAGCGAAACAACAUAGUGACAGUAAACUGCACGGUUAUAUAUCUGAAUCAGUGCGUUUCGUGGAACAAAUGUCGGCACAGCUGCAAAUCCACAGGCGCCAGCAGCACGAGAUGGUUCCACGAUGGCUGCUGCGAAUGCGUGGGAUCUACGUGCAUAAACUACGGUGUAAACGAAAGCCGUUGUCGAAACUGCCCGGAGCAGGAUAAUCUGGGCGACGAGCUGGAGGAAAAUGCGGAGGAGGAGAUGCAGGACUUUGGCGAGAGCAUGGGCCCCUUCGACGGACCCGUUAACAACAAUUACUGAGCGCGGUGCGGUCAUGAAUGCCAUUAUUCAAUGAACAGAACAACUUUUAACAAAUUAGCUACUCAAUUCAGUGACAUUAUUAUUAUAUAUUGUAGUAGGAAGUAAUAUUUGUAUCCGGAGGGAUAGAACGCUAAAGUAGCUCCAGAGAGCGGCGUUCCAAAAUCACCGCUUGGGCUGCGGCAAAAAAAGUUUGUUAGUCAAAGAAACGAUUGUAUUUUAAAAUUAAAAAGUGUUUAUUUCUUA